AUGAGCGUGAAAGAUAUUUACUAUUCGGAUAAAUAUUACGACGACGACUACGAGUACAGACACGUAGUGCUACCUAAGGACAUAGCAAAAUUGGUUCCAAAAACACACCUAAUGUCAGAGCCCGAAUGGCGAGCAAUCGGUGUCCAGCAAUCUCGUGGCUGGGUGCACUACAUGAUCCACCAGCCCGAACCACACAUUCUUCUGUUUCGAAGGCCCAUCACGAAAGCGUAA